CCGCCCUACGAAGUGGUUCGUGAACGACCAUCCCACGAACCCAAAAUGUUACGGCCAACCUUGCUCACUUAUCUUCUCCUCAUCAAAGCCUGCUUGUCAUGUCUGCUUGAAAAUGGAAGGAGUGCUGUGUACUUAUCUGUCGUCGAGGAUGUGAAACCCGGCGAGGUUAUCGGACACCUUCCCAUUGAGGGCAAGACGGAUGGUGCGAAGCCGGACAUCCAGUUACGAGUAGUUAAAGGCGAAGAAAUUGCACACAUUGUGCCCGGCUCAAAGGACCUUGUCAUCGAAAAGGAACUCGACAGGGACGAGGGUCAAGGAAAAUUCGAACUUGUCGUCGAAUGCACAGCACAGAAUGUGGAUAGCGACUUUAGUCAACUCAAUAUUUCCGUAUUCGUAACUGUCCAAGACGUUAACGACAACGCACCCGUGUUUGAUGCGCGUGGCUACAACAUUACCAUUAAAGAAGAGUUGCCCAUAGGCACAAUUGUCUUUGCCGACUUCGAAGCUACAGAUCGUGAUCAGCCUGGUCCAAACAGUUUUGUUUUGUAUUCUAUUCUCCCCGGGCCUCAUUCGGAACUCCUCGAAAUAGCCGAUCCAUUCCGUCCCGUCGUCACAGUAAAGAGUCGCAUCGACUACGAAACAAUCCGAAAAUUCGAAGUAAUUUUGGAGGCAAGGGAUCAGGGCGAACCUUCACUGUCCUCUUCCGUUCCUCUACAUGUUAGUGUCGAAGAUGUGAACGAUCGUUCUCCAUACUUCAAACGGCAGUAUUACACUUGCCGAAGCAUAAAGGUAGGUCUAUAUACAUCCACAUUCUUGUUUUUUUUAGAAGACUGA